GGAUGUGACGUCAGGCCGACACCGGAAUCGCUGCACAGGGAAAGAAAAAUGGCGAAUCUCAUGGAGGCGAAAACCCAACAGCAGUUUGAAGACUUCUUAGCCAAAGCUGGAAAAUGCCUGACCGUCGUGCAUUUCCAGGCGGCAUGGGCCCCUCAGUGCGAGGCCAUGAACGACGUGAUGGCCGAGCUGGCUAAAGAACACGCGCACACCACGUUUGUCAAGCUCGAGGCGGAAGCGGUGCCAGAGGUGUCGGAGAAGUAUGAAAUCGCCUCUGUACCCACUUUCAUUUUCUUUAAGGGAGGAGAGAAGGUGGACCGCCUGGACGGGGCCAAUGCUCCGGAGCUCACUAAGAAGGUACAGCGCCUGGCGGUCACCGGGAGUCCGGGUGGAGCUGCGCAAAGCAGCACCACAGACCUGAACCAGCGACUAAAGAAGCUGAUUAAUGCGGCCCCCUGCAUGCUCUUCAUGAAAGGGUCGUCGCAGGAGCCCCGCUGUGGCUUCAGCCGGCAGAUAGUGGCCCUGCUGAAGGAGCACAACAUCCAGUUCAGCAGCUUCGACAUCCUGUCUGACGAGGAGGUCCGACAGGGUCUGAAGACCUACUCCAACUGGCCAACCUACCCUCAGCUGUAUGCGAAUGGAGAGCUGGUGGGAGGACUGGACAUAGUGAAGGAGCUGGCUGAUACUGGAGAGCUGGAGAACACCUGCCCCAAGGCUGUCACCUUGGAGCACCGUCUGAAGACCAUCAUCAACCAGAGCCCAGUCAUGCUGUUCAUGAAGGGGAACAAGGAGGCUGCAAGAUGUGGCUUCAGCAGGCAGACACUGGAGAUUCUGAAUGAAACCGGGGUGGAUUAUGACACCUUCGAUAUUCUGCAGGAUGAAGAGGUGCGUCAGGGGCUCAAGGCAUAUUCUAACUGGCCAACCUACCCCCAGCUCUACGUGAAAGGAGAACUGAUUGGAGGUUUGGACAUACUGAAGGAGCUGAAGGAGAGUGGAGAGCUGGUGUCGACACUGAAAGGGGAGUCAUAGGGGGAUUUGCCAUGCCAUGAGAGAACGGGAACAAGGAGCUGGUGCACAUGCCCAGAUCAGACUCUGUGACUGAUGUAACAUUACAUCAGAGGAUCAGGAAGUGAAAUUAAGAGUUUAUAAAGAGAAAUUAGAUUCAAUAAUCAUAUUGUUCACUUAUGAACAAACUAUUGUAGCAUUUGGACAGAUCCAUAUUCUGUUACUGCAGUCAACAAUGAGAAUUGGCUUUUGUUUUUCAUUCUGAAAUUUCAGUAGGGUUACUUGAGGGUUUUGCUCUCAGUAAUCCUCGAAAAUACAUCUUAAGAAAUGUUUGAAGCAAAAGUUAAGUAACCCCUGUGCUUGGCCUGAAUUUAUAAAUCCCUGUCUGACUCUGGGAAAUAAACUUAGCUGGCUUUAGGUCUUAUUAUCUGGUGUCUUACAUCUGUCCUUGCAGAAUUCAUAACCGCACACAUCAGAACUGGUUUAUAUUUAGUGAACAGUCUGACUUUUCAUGCCGUCCUGGCCACUCUUUCUUCACCUGAAAGAGAGAAAAACUGUGAUGUCAAAGUGUCACUCUGGUUUAAAUACUUAGAACUAACUCUAUGUGGCACUUAUUGUUACGUUGUUCAUCAAUAACAUGAUUAAACAAAUUGGAUUUGG